UGACCUUGCGUCCUUGCGAAGUUCCACCUGCAGGCGCUGCUCCUCCAAGCCUGGGAAGCUCCGCCGGCCGCACUGCUCCUCGAACCUCCUCCCCGCUGCACUGCUCCAGCCUCCAAGUCUGCAAGGUCCUCACCGCCGACGGCCUCAUCCUGCUCCAAGGAUGUCGACAUCAGAGAAUGCACAAGUUGAUGGAGCCAGCACUGAGGCAGUGAAUCUCCUGAAAAGGAACUCAGAUGAUGUUGGAUGGGAGUAUGGUGUUCUUGUUGAUGCUAACAAUAAGGACAAGGUCAGGUGCAACCUUUGUAGUAAGGAGAUGAGGGGAGGGAUUUAUAGGCUGAAGCAGCAUUUGGCUCAUGAAGGAAAGAAUGUGACUAAAUGUCCAGCUAGAACACAGCAGGCUUCGGAGGCUAAAGCAAAGUGCAAGAAAGCACUAGAAGAUGCAAAAAGGAAGAGGGAGGAGAAGACUGUCCGUGAGCUAGAACUUAGAGCGGAAGUGGAUGUGUCUAGGGUUGGAGAGUCAGAGGAAGUCACUUGUGUUGGUAGUUCACAGCCUCACAAAUUAGGACCUAUUGACAAAUGGACACGUGCUAUUGAUCCUACAGCUACCAAGACUGAGUCUUUAAAGCAACAGCAGCUGAACAAAGAACUUUGGAAAGAAAGAUCAAAUGAGGUGCACAAGUAUAUUGCAAGAUGGGUCUAUAAUCAUGCAAUACCUUUCAAUGCAUGUGACAAUGAUGACUUCAAGCAAAUGUGUGAAGCAAUUGGACAGUUUGGACCUGGAUUUCAGCCUCCAAGUGAUGAUUUACUGCGAGAGAAAUUGCUGGAACAAGAAUAUGCAAGAACCAAGAGUUUGAUGCAGGAACGUCAAGCUGAGAAGUUGAAAAAUGGGUGCUCUGUUAUGACCGAUGCUUGGUCAGAUAGGAAGAGGAGAAGUAUAAUGAAUCUGUGCACUAAUUGUGCUGAAGGAACUGAAUUCAUCAGCUCAAAAGAGAUGUCAGAUGUGUCACACACAAGUGAAGUCAUCUUUGAACUAGUGGACAAAGCAAUUGAAGACUUGGGUCCAGAAAACGUGGUGCAAGUAGUGACCGACAAUGCCUCCAACAACAUGGGAGCAAAGAAGCUAUUGCUUGAGAAGAGACCACAGAUAUUUUGGACAUCUUGUGCAGCUCACACAAUCAACUUGAUGCUCCAAGGAAUUGGCAACUUGCCUCGGUUCAAGAAAGUGAUUGACCAAGCAAAGGCAUUUACUAUAUUUGUCUAUGGCCACACAAGAACAUUGGACUGCUUGAGAUACUUCACGGAGGGGAAAGAGGUAGUGAGGGCAGGAGUGACUAGGUUUGCUUCAAACUUUCUCACUUUGAACAGCAUGCUAGAGAAGAAGGACCAGCUAAGAAAGAUGGUGGUUCAUACUAGGUGGGACUCAUUGAAGGAUGUGAAAUCAAAGAAAGGAAAAGAUGCCACAGCAACUAUAUUGAGUCCAACCUUUUGGAAGGAAGUGAAGCUAAUAUUGGCUGUUUUUGAGCCAUUGUUUAAAGUCCUCCGUUUGGCUGAUGGGGAUGUGAAGCCAUCCAUGGGUUUCAUUUAUGGAGAACUACUAAAGGCAAAGAGAGAGAUCAAAGAGGUCUUUGGCAAUAAUGAGACUCGAUUCAAGGAUGUACUAGCUGUUAUUGAGAAGAAGAUGAAGGGAAGACUUGAUUCUCCAUUGCAUUUGACAGCUUAUUUGCUCAAUCCACACUAUAGCUUUACUAACCCAUUAAUUUUUGAUGAGCCCAAAAUGAAUGAAGCAUUUAUAGCUUGUGUUGAGCAAUUUUAUUAUCAUGACGAGGACAAGCAAGAUCAAGCUGCCAACAUUGAAUUGAAACAGUUUCAAAAUAGAGAAGGAGCAUUUAGCAAGAAGCUAGCAAGGACUUUUCAAAACUUUGAUUACAAUCCAGCCUCAUGGUGGAGGUUGUAUGGAAGCCACACACCAGCUUUACAGAAGAUGGCUACAAGGAUCUUAUCUUUGACAUCAAGUGCUUCUGGUUGUGAAAGAAAUUGGAGUGGGUUUGAAGGGAUACACACUAAGAAGAGGAAGACUUACUACAGCCCGCCUCGAAAAGUUGGUCUAUAUUCAAUUCAACAACAGGCUGCUUAGUAAGAGAGAAAAGAUCAAGACAAAGAAGAUCACUGAUGUUCUCUUGUCUAGUGAUACAACUGAAGUUCAAGGUUUUCUCCAAGAGGGUGGAGAUGAUUGCGCAUUAGUUGUUUUUAGAGAUGAGGAAGAUGAGGAUGAAAUGGAAGGUAUAGGGAUACGUUGGGCUGUUAUUGGAGAGGCAGUGGGAGCAGAAGAGCAGCUUGAGCGGCGUAGAAGUGGUAGAGUGAGGGAGGCAAGGGAGCUCUAUGAAGGAGAAGAGUUUUCGUCCGAAGAGAAGAGUAUGAGUCUGAUGAGGAUGAGGAUGAGUGAGGGAGGCAAGGGAGCUCUUAUGAACUGCUGUUGUGUGCUAUGUUGUGUGCUAUGUGACUGUGUGAACCCUUGAGGGGUAUGAACUAUUUGCUUGUGCUUGUGUUUGUGUUGUAUGAACUGCUGUUGUAGUGCUGUGACGUCCUUUAUUUAUAAAUUGUGUUGUGCACU